AUACCACACGCAGCAAACCACCCGUCACGGCGCAGCACCGGCACGCACGUUGGUCAUCCACGAGCUAGCACCUGGUCUACCAAAAGCUCGACCGAAAUGCCGCCUCCUCGCCGCGGGGCCGCCGCCCUCCUCGUCCUCGCGGCCGUCAUCCUCCUCGCCGCGGGCGGAGCCGACGCAGCGCGGGGCCACCGGAAGGCCGGCGGCGGCAUCAGCCAGCAGGCGUGGCGGUUCCUGGCGUCCCACAACGCGGCGCGCCGCGCGGUGGGCGUGCGCGCGCUGGCGUGGGACGGCGGGCUGGAGCGGUACGCGCGCGACUACGCGAGGGCGCGCGCGCGCGCCGGGUGCGCGCUCGUGCACUCGCACGGGCGGUACGGGGAGAACCUGUUCCGCGGCAGCGGCGCCGGCGGCGGGGGCGGGUGGACGCCCGAGGCCGUGGUGGAGGCGUGGGUGGUGAAGGAGCGGGCCAUGUACGACGCCCGGUACAACGCCUGCCGCGGCGCCCGGGGCGCGUGCGGGCACUACACGCAGAUCGUGUGGCGGAAGACCACCAGGGUCGGCUGCGCCACGGCGAUCUGCGCCGGUGGCCGCGGCACCUUCGCGGUCUGCGCGUACGACCCGCCCGGCAACUACGCCGGCGUCAGGCCGUACUAGGCGAGGGCCGUGGAGGGACACCGGACACGUUCGUGAGGGAGACGGUGGCGCGCACGCCGCUGUGCGUGCGUGCAUGACCGGAGUGACGGCGGGGCUUGUGUGAGUUGAAUUUGUUUACGUGGAUCGUAUGGUUGGUUCCAGUGAUUUGUAUGCUGUUUGAUUCGUUAUUCGUUAAUUUGCUUGGUGAAAUGGAGGAAAUAAGCUGAUUUUUCAUUCUGUUACUA